AUGGCGACGAUGAAGAUGGGCAUGCAUGCCAUGCACACCCCGCCCCGGUCACCCAAACGACGCCGUCUGACGAGCCACGACUCGCUCGCAUCCGGUUCUUCCUCGCCCGUCACCCUCGCUGCGCCGUCGCUCAACGCAACGCCCGAAGAACCCGCGAUUCGACUGAGCUCUGAAGAUCUGGUACGGCCUGGACAGUUCAGAUACGCUACACCGCCGCCGAAGCCAGCUUCCAAGGAGGGCAUAGUCCCGCCGGGUGCUCCGAGACGAUCCAGGCGGGUCGCCCAUGCUCAGAGACGGUACUACCAAAUCAGGGAGACAGACAACGUGUCGAGUGAUGAAGAAGACCAAGCGGCCGAUAUCGACAGUAUGCCCCCGUCACCCUUGACACCGACGUUUGCCUAUUCUUCUCAUCACGGGCAAUUGCUCACCCAGCUCGACAAGGUCGACUUGGAUCUAUCGCCUGCUCGAGCCAGGACACAUUCCGGUCGGUUGGUCCGAUCGUCGUACAAGCAAAGCCCAGCCGUCGAAAGCAUCUCCCAGUUCACUUCUGCUGCCAUGCGGGAAGAGCCGACGAUCAUCCCUACGCCUGUCAGCCUGCCGGAAGUGACGCGUACGCCGAGAAGAAAGACGAGAUCGAUGGCAGCUUAUCCUGCCACACCUCAGACGGGCUCCCGUACAGCAACGAAAGGCUUGGGGAUCGAUCCUGGCGAGUCCAUCGGCUUGCCUUGGCAGACACCGGGCAGAUCGAGCAAGCCCAACAGUCGCAAUGAAGGCUUACUGCCCUCGCCCGUGCUCACCUCCCAGGGCGUCUUCUCCGGCGAAUCGAUGCUGCCGACACCCGCCGCGACCUUUGACACAAAACACUCACGCCAUCACGACUGCAUCGAUCAUCUCAAAGACGACGAAAGCGAGCCGUCCAGUCCGUCGACCCGUUCGAGCAGGAGGAGGACGCUCUUCGUCAGAUAA